GCUUGAACUUGAACUUUGUUGAAGCUCGCGCUCAUCAUGAAGGAGACACCAUACACUUACCGACAAACACUGAAAACACCCGCACCGAUCUCAUGUCUGGCUGAAGGAUCAUUGGGUCAUUUCUUUGCAGGCUCAGAUGACGGAUCCGUUCGCGUAUAUAAUCAAGAGACUUUGAAGGUUGUGAAGGCUAUCAGAGGUUUGGGAGAAGUAUCGUCUGUUGUAUGCAUGGCACACAGUUCAGGUGGCCUCGGGGAUAUCUGGGUCGCAUCCAAUCGUCACGCUCUCCUUUUUACUAUGGACACGGAAAAGAUGAUUCUAGCGAAGGCUGACGCGACCUUGACGUUGGAACUUGGUGCCGAAAAUGACGACGUCCUGAACGAGCUCUCGCUCAACCAAAAAAACAGUCAACUGGCAUUUUGUCUCGACUCUGGUGCAGUCGGCGUCGUUGAUCUUUCUACGAAACAAGUAACACGCAUGAAAACAAGUCAUGACAAUAUCUGUGGAACGGUGAAGUUCAUUCCCGAUCGUCCGAGUGAACUUGUCAGCGGUGGAUACGACUCUAGGCUGCUGCAUCACGACUUUCACCAAAAGACCAUAUUAUCGCGAUUCGAUUUAGGGAUGUCUCCUCUGUCCGAGUCUUCAGGUGUCUCAAUGUCCCCGCCAUUCAUAUUGUCAUCUGCCAUGUCACCAUCUGGCAUCUUGGCUGCGGGAACCGCCGACGGACGGGUAUGGAUUGGCACCGGCGGAGAGAAAAUGACAGGAGUCUCAUCUGGUGCAUCUGUCAAAAAGAAACGGCGAAAGUGGGAAGGAUUGAAGCAAGAUGGAGCCUUCACGGCAGAUGUCGGGCAUGGCCCUAUCACUGCUCUGACAUUUUUGGGGCCUCGCACACUUUUCACAUCCACAUUAAUGGGAAAAGUCACCCUCCACGAAAUUGGUAACCCAACUGCAGAUGGAAAGUUGGACAUGUCUCCAAAGUGGACGAAGGCAACGACCGAUGUGAACAAGGUUAAUGCGAUCAUUGCUACGAAGGACUUGAUCAUCAUCGGGGGAUUGAGUGAGACGGGAGGAGGCAUAACAGAGGUUUGGGAGAAGUCGGGUGAUGUACCACUGUAGCGCUGUCAGACUCCACUGUCCAGUGCUAGCACCAGGAACUAACGGGCACUUCCCGCACCUGAUUGCCGCAUGCGGCUGUGGCGCUUACUAGUCUACUGAACGCAUCACAAGACACGAUGACGAAGAAUCAUUCGAUUAAUGGGUCCCCGACCGAGCAUGCCCGAUUGUCUCGUGCUGUCAACCUGUGCUUUAACCUUUUUAAAGUAGCGAGUCAAUAUGGAAGACAAACAAUAAGGAUCCACUACCUCACGAUCAGCACGACAGAAAAGCACCUGCCAAGGGAGGAAGAC